GGGUCACCAGGCAUCAAGUCAUUUGGCUCGACAGCGAGCACCGCGUCAUCUGGCAAGGCAGUGGGCUCCGAGUCAACAGGCACGACAGUGGGCACCGGGUCAUCAGGUCCUGGAUUGCCUGGCUCGACAGCGGGCAUCGGGUCACCAGGUAUGACAGCGGGCACUGGGGUCACCAGGCAUCAGGUCAUUUGGCUCGACAGCGGGCACCGCGUCAUCUGGCAAGGCAGUGGGCUCCGAGUCAACUGGUAUGACCGCGGGCACUGGGUCAGACAUUUGGAUCGUCUGACAGGACAGCGGGCAUCGGGUCACCAGGCAUCAGGUCAUUUGGCUCGACAGCGGGCACCGCGUCAUCUGGCAAGGCAGUGGGCUCCGAGUCAACAGGCACGACAGUGGGCACCGGGUCACCAGGCAUUGGAUCGUCUGGCUCGACAGCGGGCAUCGGGUCACCAGACAUCAGGUCAUUUGGCUCGCCAGCGGGCACCGCGUCAUCUGGCAUGGCAGUGGGCACCGAGUCACCAGGUACGACAGCGGGCUCUGUGUCAAUUGGCACGAUAGCGGGCACCGGAUCAGGUACCGGAUCAUCUGGAUCAACAGCGGGAAUCGAGUCAACUGGC